AUUUGAAUAGUCAUAAUGGCUUAUGGAGCAUUUAGCCACAGGUUUUUGCAAUUCGUUGCGCUGGGUGUCUUAAUGCUGAGCAUGACUCAGGCCCAGGCCCAGGAGACGGCGACCACAGACAGCCCAGAUCUACUGACUGAGCCCAGCGAACAGACGACUUUGGUAACGGACCCAACGUUGGGCGAGACAACAACGGAGAUUCCAGCGACAGUCGAUGUGGUGCCUGCCAUCGAGACUGAGAAUCGUAAUGCAGCCUUUGAUCUCUCAGCUGCUGCCGAUGUGGAUUCGAAUGAGAGCAACUUGAGCAAUGGGCGCUGCGCAUCGGGUGCAGUCGGCUUCGAAAUUGUCACUGGCUAUGUAUUUUCAGCACCUGGCAAGCUGGUGGAUUCCCUGCCUGGCACUUUAAUGCUGACGGAUUGUCUGACAACCUGCCUUAAGAACACAACCUGUCAGUCCGUUAACUACGAGACAGGUCUCUGCGUGCUAUUUUCAGCACAUGCUGAUCAGCUGCCAGGCGCCUUAACCAAGUCGCAGUUUCCGGUUUUCACAAUCUAUGCACAGAAAUCUUGCCUCUCCGCGAAGCCCUGCUCGCGGGCGUGGGUCGUGGACCGCGUUCAAAACUACAAACUGAAGUCGGAAGUUAAGCGCCGCUUCUCAGUGGGAUCUCGGCGGGAAUGCUACGACCUGUGCCUCAUCGAAACGGAAUUUACAUGCAGAUCAGCGAACUUUAACAGAGAUACAGGCGCCUGCGAGUUGAGUGAAAUGGAUCGUUCGACGCUGGCUGGCACGAAUGCUUUCCAGGCUAUGGAAGGCAGCGACUAUCUGGAGAAUCAUUGCAUCGAGGAGCCGAAUAAGCUAUGUGAAUUCAAGCGACUGCCUGGACGCAUUCUAAAGACAGUUGACUCGGUCUACCAGGAAGUGAGCAGCGUGGACGAGUGCCGUGAGCUGUGUCUCAAUUCCCCAUACAGGUGCCACUCGUAUGACUACAAUGACACGGGCGACAUGGUCUGCCGUCUGUCGCAUCACAGCCGCGCCACGCUGACGGACGUGCAAGAUCCGUACCUAGAGGUGCCUGAGGCCUCGACCUAUGAGCUCGCCUCUUGUUACAAUGUGACGAUUGAGUGUGGAGGAGGAGAUAUGUUGGCCAAGAUUCGCACCUCGAAGCUGUUCAGCGGCAAGGUCUACGCCAAGGGCUCGCCAAGAUCGUGCUCAGUGGAUGUGAGAAGCGCCCUGGACUUCGAGCUGCGCAUGAACUAUCAUGAUCUGGAGUGCAAUGUGCGUCAGAGCCAGAGUGGACGUUACGUCAAUGACAUUAUCAUACAGCAUCACGAUAUGAUAGUCACAUCUUCCGAUCUGGGUCUUGCCUUGGCCUGCCAAUACGAUCUGACCAACAAGUCGGUGACCAAUGGCGUCAACCUGGAUGUGCGCGGCGAUCUGACGCCCGCCCUAUCGGAGGAGGUCAUUGUCGACUCGCCCAAUGUCAUAAUGCGUAUUACUUCGCGCGAUGGCUCCGAUAUGAUGCGCUCUGCCGAGGUGGGUGAUCCGCUGGCGCUCAAAUUCCAAAUCAUGGAUGAGCAGAGUCCCUAUGAAAUUUUCGUUCGCGAGCUGGUCGCCUUGGAUGGCGUAGACAACUCGGAGAUCACGCUGAUCGACUCUAAUGGCUGUCCCACCGAUCACUUCAUCAUGGGCCCCAUAUACAAGAGUGAGGGCUCCACCAAGAUCUUGCUAUCCAACUUCGAUGCCUUCAAGUUCCCAUCCAGCGAGGUUGUGCAAUUCCGCGCCUUGGUCACCCCCUGCAUGCCCAGCUGUGAGCCCGUUCAGUGCGAUCAGGAGGAUACCAGCGGCGAGUACAGAUCUCUGCUCUCCUAUGGCCGUAAGCGUCGCUCGCUGAACACAACAGCCACCUUUGAGCUGCGUCAGAAACGUGAGGUCAAGACACCCUCAGACAUGCUACUCGUUCAGUCCAUUCAAAUCACUGACAAAUUCGGCUUCGAUGAGCAACAGAGUCGUAAGUCCAAUAUCGGUGGAUAUUCGGAUAACAAUGAGACGGAAUUCACAACCACAAAUCCCGGUCGCGGCUUCUGUGUCAAUGCAUUUGGACUCAUCACAGCUGCCACCUUUUUCCUGCUCACCCAAUUGGCUAUAAUUGGCAUUUGGACCGUUUGCUAUCAGCGCCGGCAGAAGCUGCAAGCUUAUCAGCAUUCUUAUUAGGUUUUACACUUUUGCUAAGUUUCGAACUCAGAUCGAACAGGUUCAAGUUUCAACAGGUGCGAACGACGAUAACGGGUGACACAUAUAUAUAGCUCACAUAUAUAUAUAUCUGAUACUUGGCAGCCUUGGAAUUGGUCUUGUCUAGUCAUGGCUCGAUUUGGGUGUAGAAUAUAAAUAGAAAUCUCGCGGAUUGUUUGUUGGUUAAUGGAUACUUAUAUUUCAGUUCUACUAUUUAUAUAUUUCGUACCUACCUUAUGUACUAUGUACUUGGCCCUGUUUUCCACACUUAUGAAGGCAGUUUGAGAACUGCCUUCGUGACUUCGGAAAUAACAAGAGAAACCACUCAGAAAGCACUUUAAAUUAACUUUAUUUAAUUUAUAUACUAACUUAGUUGAAUACAGAACUUUCCCUAAAGCAGCA